AUGGUCGGUCUGCAGAACGCAGGAAAAACCUCACUCCUCAGAGUACUGUCGGGUGGAGAGUUCACGAUCGACUCGAUUCCGACGGUUGGGUUCAACAUGAAGCGGGUACAACGAGGCCACGUUACACUGAAGUGUUGGGAUAUCGGAGGCCAGCCCCGCUUUCGAACAAUGUGGGAGAGGUACUGUCGCGGCGUCGACGCCAUCGUUUUCAUCGUGGAUAUGGCGGACCCAAAGGUUCUCUCGGUCGCACGAGAGGAGCUUCAUUCCCUAAUGGCCCAACCAUCUCUUCGGGGUAUCCCGCUUCUCGUCCUGGGUAACAAGUCGGACCUCCCAGACAGGUUAACGGUAGAUGAAUUGAUCGACGAGCUCGCUUUGGCUGAGAUCUAUCAUCGGGAGGUAUCCUGCUAUGGUAUCAGCGCUAAGGAGGAGACGAAUCUCGACGCCGUAUUGGAGUGGCUCAUGAAAUGGGCCAACAAAUGA